AUGUCUGUAUUUACUCGAGCGAAAAAUGGAUUGUUUGGGCAAACUAAACCACGAAAUCCACAUUCGAUUGAAAAUCUUAAAUACUUAUGUGGUGUUCUGAAUCGUAAUCCAAUUGUAUCAGAUGCAAAUCGUGAUUUAUUAAUUGAAACGCUUCGAUUCAUAUCAGAAAUUCUUAUUUGGGGCGAUCAAAAUGACAGUUCUGUAUUUGAUUAUUUUCUCGAACGAGGAAUGUUAACUUAUUUUUUAAAUUAUAUGCGUCAAAAACAUGGACGUUAUAUAUGUGUACAGGUUUUACAGACACUUAAUAUUCUCUUCGAAAAUAUUCGCCAUGAAACAUCUCUAUAUUAUCUUUUAUCAAAUAAUCAUAUCAAUAAUAUAAUUGUACAUAAAUUUGAUUUUAACGAUGAAGAAAUAACCGCAUACUAUAUAUCGUUUCUUAAAACUCUCUCAUUGAAAUUAAAUACACAGUCUAUUAAUUUCUUCUAUAACGAAAGAAAUCAUGAUUUUCCGUUGUAUGUUGAAGCAAUAAAAUUUUUUAAUCAUCCAGAAACUAUGGUUCGAAUUGCAGUACGAACGUUAACUCUCAAUAUUUAUAAAGUACCUGAUCCUGCUAUGCAUCGGUUUAUAUUAGAUCGUACAGCAACAGAAUAUUUCUCCAAUCUAGUAUGGUUUAUACGAACCCAUAUUUUAGAUUUUGAUCGUUUGAUAAGAAACAAUCAAGAUAUUAACAAUCGUGGUCGUGUAACAUGUGGCUUAGAAGAAUAUCUUGAUCACAUCCAUUAUCUUCAAGAUAUAUUUUUGCUCAAUGUUGAUAGUCUCAAUAAUGUUCUUAAAGAUCAAUUGAUGAAUCGACUUCUUAUACCGGUUUAUGUAUUUUCAUUGAUUAAACGCGAUAAAUUCUCGCGAAUAACAGAUCCUCGAACUAAACUUGAUCAAUCAUCUGCUUUAUUCCUACUUGCCGAAUUUUUUCUUGUGACUCGCUAUCUACCGGUUAUCGAAGAACUAGCCGAUAUAAUCCUAUCGGCAAAUAUUGAAACUGUUGAAGCCGUUCAACGUCGUUAUGGAGAACAAAUAUCCUAUAGUUUGCCUCCAACAUCUCUCGAUAUUUGCCUAGCUAAACCCGAUACACUAACCAAUAAAAACAAUUCUGAAAUUUCCCUUAAUGCGCUGGACAUCAAUAAUGGCGCAUCCCGACAUCAUCAUGGACAUGAACCCAAUCGAACACGUUCUGCAUCUUCAUCGCCUAUUUCUUUUGCAACUCAUCAUCCACUAAAUGAAUCGAUUACGAAAUCGACAAGUUUAUACAUAUCGAAUUGGACUGAUGAUGAAAAAACUAAACUUCAUAUUGAUCAGUUAAAAUUUAACGAAGCUGAUUUAGCUAAAAGACCGUACUUUGAAGCAUUGAUUCAAGCACUUGACUGUACUGAAAAUGAUCAGAAGUGUUUCUAUGCCUUGAGCGUACUUUUAACAAUGACAAUGAAUCCAUCUGUUGAUACUGGUAUUCUUGAAUCCGUUGGUUUAACAGUGAAAUGUUCGAACAAAACUUUUUAUAAUACAAUAUUAGUUGAUCAACUUUGUGAAAUUCUUUCAUUAUCUGUAUCACCGGAUUCAAAAAUUCGUCUUGUUACAAUGAAUUUAGCAAUAAAUUUAUUAAAAAAACUUGUUUAUGAUGAAGAAGAAAAAGUUUCUUAUCUAUCUGAUCAUCAUUUGGCACGUAUCGAAGGUGUACAUGAACAGUCAACUGAAGAUUUAAGACGACAUUAUCGACAACAAGAAAUGUUUCUUGAUAUGUUUGAAGAUGAAUAUCGCCAAAUGGAAUUAAAUCCAAUACGUUUAGAAUAUUUACUAAAAGAUCCAUGUAUGCUGUAUCCACCGACAACAACACCAUUAAGCGGAGUCGAAUUCAUUAAACGUUUACCAUCGGGUGAUAUUGAACGAGCACGAAGAUCUAUUCGGAUGUUUUUUCUCAUUCGAGGAUUGUCGUUGGGAUUGAGAUCAGUUACAGAAACAGAAGUACCAUUAACCAAGGCAGAAAAUUUAGUGAAAGAAAAUGAUAAACUUGAUUUGAAUAAUAGUGAUUUAAUUGCAUGUACUGUUCUUAUGAAAGAAAAGAAAGACCGUCGUUUUCUUGUAACAGAUCCAAUGCAAUUUAUUCUUAUUGAACCAGAUGUGAAAAGACUUGGAUGGGGUAUUGUGAAAUUCUGUGAUUUAAUGCAAAAUGAUUAUAAAUACUUAGCUGCAAGGCUUCGGGUUACUGUGACUUAUAUUAAUGAUAUGACUGUUGGAAAAGGAAUUGGCGAUCUGAAACUCUUACUAUUUGAGUCUAUUUUGGAUGUUAAAGUAGCCAAUGAUAAAGAAGAUACACGUUCUCUUCAUAUAACAAUUCAUAAACCGGUUAAUAAUACUUAUGUUAAAUCGAAUCCGCCUAUACUUAAUGCAAAAUUUACAUUUGAUGACCAUAUUCGUUGUAUGACAGCUAAACAAAAUUUAAGUAAAGGUCGUCUAAGGUAG